CUCAAUGUGUCACAAGUCUGGGGCCCUUUGGCCUCUCAAAGGAAGUUCCUUAGGUGUCUUUUACACACUGAGUGCUUUGUGAUAGGUUAAGGCCUGCUGGCUGUCAACUUGGUCCCUUAAGGGAACUUGACAGAUCUUUAAAAAAAAAAAAUCAAUUUUAAGCUCACAUGCCCCAGUGGGUGCCAAAGCCACUUCAGAGAGCCUGAAAGAUGGCUGAGUCGACAGGAUUUGACUUCCAGAGGUAGAAAGGUGACAAACUCUAUCAUGAGAAAGGGGCAGCUGAGGGCCUCAGAGGCCUAACCUGCUCCCAGGAUCUGGGGCCUGGUGUUGUAUUGAACCUAUUUAUCUCUUUCAUGGGCCCAAGGUACCACGGGGAAAGAAAAGUUGUUCAAAAAAAAAAAAAUGCUGGCAGAAUUCAGGGGUGUAAAUGAUGAAUUACUUUUCAUCAGCUGAAAGGAAACAUACUCUGGAACAAUACUGAAAGGGAGCAGGAGCAUCUGACCUCCUGCUUCAGAGCAGCCAAUAUCUUCAUUCAAGAAGACAACCAUGAAAUUACACAGAAAAUGGGAUUGUCAUGAACAGCCCCUUGAAAUCUCAGUAUACAGUCAUUACGGCAUGGGAAAAAGCCUUCAUCCACACAUCAUAACUUGUAACAGACGGGGUGGCAGGAGGGGGGGUGAGGGCUGAGAAAUAGCAACAAAAACAGGACUUGGAGUUACCAGUGAGAAUGUGGAAUGUAUUUGUUGAUCUAGCUUUACCUUGUUAGUCCCCUGGAUCAUUAUAUAUAGACAUAACUAUGGACUAACUUUACAGUGAUUUGUGGCUAUUUUUAUAGGCUGCAUAUUGGACCUGCUUUGCAAAUUAAGGAGUGCGGAAAUAAAUGAAGAAAAACUGAAUAUUGCAUUUAGAGUAAUGAAUCCUCGUUUUAUGACUCAGAACAAAAGUGUUUGGGUUUUUUUUUUUUUUAAUGCCAAUCCCUUUUGGAUUUUAAAACAGUAAGUUGUUAGUACAAGGUGUAAAUUGCAGAGUUCUCUGCAAAACAUUCAUCCAAUUAGAGGCAAUUUCAAGUUCUAUGUUCUGAUUUUAUUUUUGUUGAAAUAUUCAAGCAUUGCAUUUCCAAACACUCUUACUCCAGUGAGCUUUACUUAGGAAUCAGCAUGCUAAGGAUUGCAUUAUAAGACAGGAACCAAACUCAGUUGUGUGAUAUUGUCUGAGAAUGACACAGCCUGUGGUCAGAUUUGCAUGUUCACCUUAGAGGCAUGUUUUGUCUCUGCAUGAUCGACCAAAUGAAUAAUCCACUCUACUGCAAAGUGCCAAGGGUGUCAGUUUGCUCUGGUGAUACUUCAUGGGGGGGGGGAGAGUAUUUCCAUUUUACGUAACUUAUUCUCCUGUUCAUUCUUGCUCAUCUCUGCUUUUUGUUACUUUUCUUCCAUAUUCAGUUUUUCCCUAGAACCUGUAGCUGGUGACAAUCACUGUAAUUUCAUUUCUCCUAAUUGUAAAACACCUGUACAGAAAACAGAUUAUUGCUAGUGUUUUGCAGAGAUUAACUCAAGCAGUAUAUUUUUUUUCAGACUAUACCACCAAACUACAAACAUACUGUAAUUUCAAGAAAAGGCCUUACCAGUCGUUCCCUUGGGUUUAGCGGCAAAGUCUUUUCCAGACUGCAUUUUUGAGCAAAAUACACCCUCUGUUGGAAAAUAAGAGGCUGAGAGCAUACGUCUAAUCAAGCAAUUUGGAGGAGGAAUCCUGAAUGCUACAAUACACUGAUUUCAAACUACUACUAUUCUUCUUAGCAGGAUCUGGGCCUCUAUGGUCCAGCUCACAUCGGAUAAAAGGUGAUGAUAAGAAAUAAAGCAAGAUUAUUAUUUAUAUCAUAUAUAAUUAUAUAUUCUGACUGGUAAAAAAUACUGUGAUUUAACCUAAAAAAAGGAUUUAACAUAAACAAACAUGCUAAAUGCUACACUUACCUUUUAAAAUUGACUUCACCCUCAUCUAUCAAAUGCAUUGCAUUAAAGCCUGCUUUUUCUGUGUGAAAGAAAAGUAAAAAAACAAAGUAGAAAGUACAAGACUUUGGUGAACAACCUUUAUGAAUAUGAUAGUACAGUAGUUGGGGUCAUGCAUUGUUUUGCAAUGUCUGUUAUUCCUCAGUAUUUUGCUCAAUACUUAACCAGCCUCGGUUUUUGAAAAUUCUGAGCACUUAAUUUAUAAUCCAGCACACCUAAUCCUGUAUUGGAUUGUUGUCCAAAUAGGAAAACUUGCUUUGGGUCAUUUGAUGCACUCAGAAAGCCAAAGAGAAAGCCAUUAAUUUCAUAAACACCUUCACAUUCCUUUUAUCAUAAAAUAAUGUGUAGUGAAAAAGGCAAGUGGACUGCAUGGCCAGGGGUAGAUUAUACCCCUAGGGGAUUAUACCCCUUGGUAAAAUUGAAAACCUAUAUGUUGUAAUUGUUAUUGCAACUAAUUAACAUGCAGGAAAUGGGUAGCAUAUAAAAUACAUAAAUUACCGGUUCUCAAUUUCCUCUCACCUUUUCCCAGCAUUUUCGCUGUUAUAUACCAGUAUGACUGGAAGAGUCAUCUUAAAUCCAUCCUCCUGCUGCUGCUGCCAUUGCUACCACAUCAGCAGCAGAAAGUCAGGGGCAGGCAGUUGGUCCCUUAUGUCAUCUGGGAUCUAGUAGAUCCUUGGCCAGCUUAGCCUCACUUGUUCCCCAUCUUCAGAAUGCCCUGAUUCUGUUCUGCCUAUUGAGUGGGCAGAAGUCAUGGUGGUGGUAUUUCCAUUAGCAGAGUGCAAUGGGCAGAAGUGGGAAGUCUGGGUGGUUACAAAUCAGUGGGUGGGCCACUGGGUGAUUGCAAACCUGAUCCAAGUGCUCUUGGAAGAAAGAUUUUCUAGAACUAUUUUAAUCAGGGUUUAGGUCUGGGUUUGGCACAGAAACUGCUUUGGUUGUCCUGUAUGAUGACCUAUGUUGGGAGAGAGACAGGGGAAAUGUAUCCUUGUUAAUUUUCCUCAGCCUCUCAGUGGCUUUUGAGACCAUCAAUGAUAGUAUCCUUCUGGAGUGCCUGUUCCAAGUUAGGCGUGGGUGGCACUUCUGUUUGGUGGUUCUUGUCCUACAUGGGCGGUUGUUUGCAGAGGGUGAUGCUUGCUCUUCAGCUCCAUGGAAGCUUCAGGGUUGGUUCAAUUUUUCCACCAUCUCUCCAAUGCUGUUUAACAUCUACAUGGAACCACUGAGUGAUGUUAUCCAGAAGUUUGGAAUAUUUCUCAGCAAUAUGCUGAUGACACACAGCUCUACUUCUCCUUUACAUCUGCAGGUGUGGCAGCGGAUGUGCUGAAUUGAUAUCUUACUUUGGUGAGAUGAGAGCCAACAAACUAGUUCCCUAAACCAGAUAGAUGAGAGGUGGUCUGCUCUUGAUGGGGUUACACUCUCUCUGAGGGAGUGGGUUCACAGCUAGGGGGCAUUUAAGGUCCUAUACAAAGCCCUAGUCCCCUGGACGUCAAUAGGUUAAUCUCUCAGUUAUUCUGCUGGCAGUGGCAGAGCUUCAUGCUCCAGCACUGGGGGACGGAAUGCAGGCAGGGGCGGGGCUGGUGCCCAGUCUGGGGAUGGGGCGUGCUGUCCACAGGCAUGUGGCAUGGGGGCAUGGCGGGCCACCUGCAGGGACAUGGCAUGCGUUCUGGGGGCAUGGUGUGCCACCUGCAGGGGCGUGGCACCCAGUGCUGGCAGGGGGGAAGCUGCAAUGGCACCCCACCAGGAUCGCAUUGCCAGGGGCAGUGCACUCCCCCCCCCCCACUCCUCUUCCUCCACCAGUGUCUGCUGGGGAUAUUUCUUUUUAUUUAAUCAAAAAUAAAGAAAUAAAGUGGAAACAAUACAAUUUAUUGAACAAUGUGCACAAAACAAAAACAAAAAAGGAUACCAAUUUUGACAUUCACAAGCCCUGGGAAGAAUUAUUUAUUUUGGAUGGUAGUAACAUGUCCUCUUUUUCAAAAUGUUUUCUUAGUUAUAGAUUUCAGAAUGCCAUCCUCAGUGUUAUGAUAUUCUUACCUGAAGCCCUCAAAUUACCAAGAAUUCAAAAUAGUAGUAUCUUUCGCAGGAGGCAUUUGAAUAUUGUCAGCAUCAUUUAGAUAUUAUAAAUGUUUGCCCUGUAGUUGAAAAUGUACCGUAUUUUUCGCUCUAUAACAAGCACCCGACCAUAACACGCACGUAGUUUUUAGAGGAGGAAAAUCCGUAGGCAUGCCACCCGUAGGCAUUCCCUCCAUAACACGCACAGACAUUUCCCCUUACUUUUUAGGAGGAAAAAAGUGAGUGUUAUGGUGCAAAAAAUACGGUAUUUACUUUUUUGGUCCUCUUGUAUACCUCAAUUUUUGAAUUAAUUUUUCCGCAAUAGCUAUAGACAAGAUUUGACUAUGCAAUAUAUAAUCAGUCCUUUAUCCAAACUGACACCAUUUGGGCCAUCCCAUCUCCCCAGUAAUGCAAACAAUUCUUACUUUGCUGUUAAAUUAAUUUUUAGUAGCAAUAUGUCCCCAAAAGCUGCCGCUGAAUGAUACUCCCACCAUAAGUACCUGUAUGAUUUUUAAAGUGCCAAGUGCCAGCAUUUGUGGUAGAGAUUGGUGUUUAUAUAGGAUAAGUGGUGCAUACUGCCACCUAAAUGUGAUUUAAGAAUAGAUUCUUGAACCAUUGCUGAAAUUGAUUUCACAGGCCUCAUGUUCCAUAUUCCUUCCCAUUUUCUGGGACCCAAGUUGUAACCCAAAUCCUUUUCCUGUGAUUUUUGUAAUCCUGUUAGAUCACCUGUGUCUAAUUUUGUUAAUAUUUUAGAAAUUUGGGUGAUCUGUCCUUUGGCAUUAAAUUAUGUGCAGGAUCAGGUGUUCAAACAGUGUUAAUUCUCUUUUCACUUGCUGUUUAAUAAUAUAUUUUACUAUAAAGGAACUAAUUUGCCUAAAUUCAAACCCACAGUGCUCUUGUUCUUUUAAAAAUUCUCUGAUUUCUUCUUCUGUUUUAGGCUGGCCAUUAUUGUAGAAAUCCCUAAUCCUAUAUAAUCCCUUUACUGACCAUUGGGGAAAAAAAUCCUGGUUUCUAUUCUUAGUAAAGAAAAGUGGAUGAUUAAAAAAAAGGAGCAAGUAGAAACUGGAUCAGUAACUUCCAUCUAGAUUUGAAAAUUGUAAUUGUAGUUUUUAAGAAGGGACUUUGUGCCCAUUCUAGGUCCUUAAGAUUUUUAUUAAGGAAAAAAGCUGUCACUACUGGGAUUCCAUCUUAACUAUCAUUUUAACAUUUUCUUUCUUUACUAAUGGCUGGAUUUGCCUUAAUUGAUUUGCCUUGUAAUAUAAAUGAAGGUUGGAGAUGCUCCGACAUUCCACCUUCACCUUCUGACUUAUAUAAAUAAGUUCUUUUGAUUAAUGAUCUCUUCCCCCCUGCCCAAAUAUGUAGCCUUCUAUUAACUUUAGAGAAGUUAAUAUUUCCCCCCCCCCUUUACAUUUUGCAUCAAAUACACCUGCAUAAGACACAGUAAGGUAUAUUAACCUUAGAAUCUACCCAGAUCAGACAGUUAAAAUAGGAGCACAGUUUAUUUGUUUUCUUGUAUUUACACCCCACCUUUUCCUCCAAGGAGCUCAAGGUAGUUUUCAUGAUUCUUCCCUCCCAGUUUUAUACUCAUAACAACCCUGUGAGGUAGGUUAGCCUGAGAGACAGUGAUUGACCCAAGGUCACCCAGUGAGCUACAUGGGUGAGUAGAAAUUCGAAUCCUGGUCUCCCAGGUCCUAGUCUAACACUCCAGCCAUUACAUCAGAACAAGUAGUCCUUUUAUAAAGAGUUCCUAAAGUUCUAUUUUCCCAAAUUAACAGAACUGACUAUCCUAAAUUUCAUAAUGUAUUUAUUCAUUUAAAUUUCUAUACCACCCUUCAUCCGAGGCUCACAGGAUGGUUUGCAGCUACCCCAACUUUCUUACAUAUAUUUUUAUUAUCCCUCUUAAUUAAUUCCCCUUUCUCUCUUGUCUCCCACAGCCACUCUACUUUCCAGCUGUCGUUUCCUAAUUCACACUUUCUUAUCUGCUCCUCCCAUUGGUCACAGUCACACUAUACAUUUAAAGAGCUAUGACACCACAUUAAACAGUCAUGGAAUUCUGGGAGCUGUAGUUUGUAAAGGAUGCUGAGAGUUGUUAGGUGACCCCCUAUUCCCUUCAAAGAGCUACAAUUUUCAGUGUGGUUUAACAACCAGUCCUUCUUCCUGGGCAACUCUGUGCUCUACAUGUGCUUCUUCCUUUGCUGCAGUUCUGCAUAUUUAACCCAAAUAUGAGGCAACUACUGUAGCACUCCUAUAGCACUGUUGUUUUCUGGGUUAUUGCACCUGUCUUGAGUGGUCCUGUGUACAAAAGGCCAAUCAGGGAUGGGGGAAUAACUUUUUUCAGUUUGCAUUUCACAUUUACAGGAUCAAUAAGCAAACAGAAACACAGCUGUCCUUCAAAUUGUGCGCUUCUCUGAUUUUUGUGAUGCAGUUCUCACCUCAAAAAGUGUGUACAGGAAACAUAUAGAAAGAUUGUGUACCUAGAAAUGCACAUAUUAAGAUAAAAUAGUGUUAAAAUGUAUUAUUUCAGGGGGAAAUGCUUGGAGAAAUAUGUAUAUUAGGAUAAGUGCACAAAAUGCUUUUGGUUUUUUUCUUGCUGACCUUUUUUAAGGAUUACAAACUGAUCAAAAGAUAGGGCAAACUGGAUAUUGGAAAUUUUGUUAAAUAAAAUGAGAUAACUUGAUACUUACAGAUUUGUCAGUCUUGUCAGCAAUGAAGGCUGGUCCACUACUGUGGCAUAGCUCCCCCAAAGAGAAUGUCAAGCAAAGCCCCCACAUUUUCAAAUCUCCCAAAUUUCCAAUGCCACAUAUUCUUUUCCAUUCCACUCACCUUUUACACUUCCAUUUGUACUCAAAGAAACUCUGCAAACAUUCCUGUCCAUCCACUGUUAUCUGGCCAAUCAGGUCUCUGCAGCACUCAGCCAAUCCUAAUCCAAAAGUUUAGCUACGACAAAGAGGUCCUUCCCAUGUGUUUCUGGGCAGAAAAGCCAUGUUACCUACUGGACCAACAAAGGACACUCAAUGUCUCAUGCCUGGUCAGUCACUGCCAGUUCAGACCUCAUGCGUGAUAUUAAGGUUUUGUUUUGUUUGACCCAAUAUGCAUCACUUUACACCUGUCUACACUGAAUUGCAUUUGCCACUUUACCAUUCACUUAGUUUGGAGAGGUUCCUUUGAAGCACUUCACAAUCUCUUUUUGUUUUGAUAACCAGGAUCAAGUCAAUAUCAUCAGCAAACAUGGCUACUUCACUGCUCACUCCUCACUCUAGACCAGGAAUACAUGAGUUUCCAGCUGUUUUGGAGUAUAGUUCCCAUAAUCCCUGACCACUGGGACCACUGCUAGCUAGGGAUGUUGGGUCUAACAACAGCUGGAGACCUAAGUUUGUGAAGUCCUGCUCUAGACCAUUUAUGAAUAAGUUAAAAACCAUGGUCCCAAUACUGAUCCUUGGGGAACUCCAUAUUAUAUUUCCCUCCAUCUGAAGAACGGUCUACUUCUUCCUACUCUUUGCUUCCUAUGACUUAACCAAUUUCUUGACACACAAGAGGAUCUCUCCUCUUAUUCCUUAACUGUUAAACUUACUCAGUAAUGCUAACCUGCAUUACUUUCUCAAAACCUUCUUCAUCCUUCCUUUAUUGUGGAACAUAUUAUAUAAAGGCUUUUGCUGCAGUCAGAAGCGGAAGCAAUUUUAACUCAUCUUCCCUCCAGGUUUGACUAUUCCUGAAUCUUUUCCAGGCUUGUGUCCUAUUGCCAAUGCCUAAGUGCUGGUGGGUGUUUUACUUGCACUGAGAUUCCCAUUUUGACUUCAUUUCUCCCAGGUGCUGCAGAAAUUUGUGCUUCCCAUUUCUGGUACUGUGUGUCGACUUCUUUAGGAGGAGGCUGGUAAAGAACAAAUAAUUUUUCGUAACUGAAGAACAAUUGUGGAAAACAUGAGAACUUAAGUCCUGGAUGUGGAUGUGUCUUGUACUGACCCAGCUCCCCUUUAUGUCCAAAACCUUUCCAACUGAGUUCAGAAUUGCUUCCAGGAGAUCCACACAGGGAAACAAUCUUGUGGUGAGCUAACUGUAUGGCACAUUUUCCAUGUGGGAAACAGGGGUGAGGAAAGGGUGAAAGAAACUGGAAGGUGGGGGUGGGGAAUUAGAGUAGAGAGUGGUGAAAAGGCUAAAACUCUCCAUCGCUUUUACCACUUCCCAUUGUUUUACUUUAGUGGUCUUUAGCUAAAUAAAAUUUAGAUUCUCAAUAGGACUAUAUUCAUCUGUUUCAAUUUUCACACCAAAAACAGUGCUUUCCUGAAGGUGGCAAAAUAGGUUCCCCGAACAGUAAAUGGACUGAUGCCAUUUCUCUCUCUCUCUCUCUCUCUAUCUCUCUUUCUCUCUCAACUUGACUGGGUCCCUAGGAAGGUUUUCUCUUCCCCUACUACUUCCAAGAGUAAUUCCAACCAAUCAGAGAUCACAAAGUGAAUGAGGUGACAUCAUAGUGCUGGGUAGAGGUUGUUAUGUGUCAUUGUUCUUGAGGGCAACAAAGCCAAUGAGAUGUUUCCUGCAUGGGUGAUUCUAACCAAUUGGAUCACUGAUUUCCCUCACUUGUCUCUUCAUGGAAAUACAAUAUCUGGGGAAAAAAUAACCCUUUUUCAUCUCACACCUAGUCAAAUCAUUUUCACUGAAUUCAAGAAGCCAUGAACCAUGGUAGCCAAUUGGACACUGCAACAUCAUCCCACAUUCCCCACAAGAGUAUACAUCUGCUGCCUCACUUGUCAGUCUCUUCUGAUCUACUAGCAAGAUAGGAACAAGAUUCCAAUAUGGGCUAGAUAUAUCAUCUGCAGUCUCCUUUCACUGUCAUAAAUGCUUAUUCAUAUACUGUCCUACUUCUAGACAUGCUUCCAUUUACCUUUUUCUGGUUUGCUUCUUAGAUGGAUAGCAUCCACUUCCAACAUGUUGAAUCCCCUCUACCUUGCUAUCCCAUGUCUCCUGAUAUGUCCUUUCUGCUUGGAAGAACAAUACUUCUGGAUGAUAUAGCAGUCAUGUCCUGCCCUCACGUUUACAGCUAGGCAUGGUCUACCUGCGCCUAAGUUUUUGCCAACAUAUCACAUUUUAAUGCAAGAAAAUGCAAACACUCAACUCUAAGUUUAAUAACAGGAGCCUGUGCCCCUCCCACUCUAUAUUAUUGAAGUGUAGGUUGACAUUUAUUUAAUAUAUAUGUUAAUGAAAAACAGAAAGUUGGAUUUGGACAGUAUGAAUCCAGGGCUGAGGCUACCCCUUUUAAACCAUCACUUGUUUUACAUUAUGGCUAUGGGCAGGCAUCCAGCAGAAAGUGAAUAAAAUAUUUCGAGGAUGCUCCAACAGAAGCUGAAGCUCCUAAAAGACUGGCCCCUUUUCAGCUAAUCAAAUCAUUUAUAG